AUGGAAAACAGCUGAAAAGCAGCACGGGUACGGGUAUUCUAAGGUGAUUCAUGGGGGCUACAAUAUUUUGUAAUACAAAGAACCUCACGGGUAGUCGUCUAAAGAUACAUAUCUGGAAGGUCUCUUGAUAAAAAGGUAUUCAAUUAGAGUAAAAUGAAAUGCAUGUCUGCUGGUAUUUUCGGCAAAUGUGACGAAAAUAUCCGCAUAAAUAUAAUGGAGAAGCUUCUGGACUCCCUUAGUUGAAGAACUUACCUGAAGACCACAAAAUGUCAAAAUAUUUAUCGUACUUUUGCGUAGUUUUGCUGUGGAGCGGCAAGUCCUAUGGAGAUCACUUUGAUGAAUGUGAUGGAAUGGCCGACGAAUCGUUUGUCCAGAGCUUGGAAAGCUGUCAGUCUUAUGUGUAUUGCAUGGGCGAGGACUCGUUAAAGGGUGACUGCGAUGAUGGUGAAUACUUUGAUGCCGAGUCAGGGGGAUGUGAUGAUGCCGCCAACGUGCAAUGCUUUUUGGAUGAAGUCGACGAGCCUGGCGCAGAGCAGGAGCCAGAAGAGGAAGAUUCUACACCAGCCACGGAACCUCCAACCGAUCCUACAUAUACGGUGGAUCAGCCAAGCGAAGUGGAUAUCCUCAAUAUUGCGCCUGUUGUGAAGCCUAAUUGCCCGAUCAUCGACGAUCCCAGCCAGGUCAUAUUAAUGGCCAGCAACGAAUCAUGCACAAGUUAUUAUCUUUGCUAUCACGGACAUGCCAUGGAAAUGCACUGUAACAACAAUUUGUACUUCAAUGCUCUCACCGGGCAAUGCGACCAUGCGGAUAACGUUCAGUGUGCGCUGGAAGAUCCACGGGUUCACAAAUGCCUGCCCCAUAUGACAGAGUUCUUUCCACACCCUGACAAAUGCAAUUAUUUCUAUUAUUGCAUCAAGGGAUUUCUCACCAUUCAGCAGUGCCCCUUCUACUACGGCUGGGACAUCGAACGAAGGAGUUGUGUGCAGAUAAAUGUGGCGAAAUGCUUUGGAAACUCCCGUCGAGAAAAAAGAUAGACCGGAAACUCCAAAACAGCCAGAAAAACUCAUUUCAGUUCAAUGGCGUUGUGUACACCUAGGAGAUAAGAGGGGAUAAUUAUUGAUAAGUUACAGCUUUGUCGAGACAAGAGUCGUUUAAUUAAAUAUAACUUAUUUCAAUUAUCUUGA